AUGGAACCCAAACCUCAGAAGAGUCCAGGCAAGCAAUUUACAUUUUCUUAUGAAAAUGAAGUCUGCAAACAAGAUUACUUUAUUAAAUCACCACCUUCUCAGCUAUUCUUCUCUGUGACCUCUUGGAAAAAGCGGUUUUUCAUCCUGUCAAAGGCUGGGGAAAAGAGCUUUAGUCUUUCCUAUUAUAAAGACCAUCAUCACCGAGGUUCCAUUGAAAUUGAUCAAAAUUCCAGUGUAGAAGUUGGCAUAAGUAACCAGGAAAAGAUGCAAUCUGUGCAGAAGAUGUUUAAAUGCCACCCUGAUGAGGUCAUGUCCAUCAGAACCACUAACAGGGAAUACUUCCUCAUCGGCCAUGACAGGGAGAAGAUUAAAGACUGGGUCUCCUUCAUGUCAUCAUUUCGCCAGGAUAUAAAAGCAACACAGCAGAACACAGAGGAGGAACUCUCAUUGGGUAAUAAAAGAACCCUCUUCUACCCCAGCCCUCUCCUUGGCCCUUCCAGCACAUGGGAGGCUGUUGGCUCCAGCUCACCAAGAAAUGGUCUCCAAGACAAGCAUUUAAUGGAACAAAGUUCUCCAGGAUUUAGGCAAGCUCAUCUACAAGAUUUAUCAGAAACCACUCAAGAUGUGAAGGAAGAGAAUCAUUAUCUUACUCCUCGAAGUGUUCUUUUAGAGUUGGAUAAUAUCAUUGCUUCCAGUGAUUCUGGUGAAUCCAUUGAAACUGAUGGUCCAGACCAGGCCUCUGGAAGAAUCGAGUGUCAUUAUGAGCCAAUGGAAUCCUAUUUUUUCAAAGAGACGUCCCAUAAGUCUGUGGAUAGCAGCAAAGAGGAACCCCAGACCCUUCCAGAGACCCAGGAUGGGGGCCUCCACCUGCAAGAACAAGGCUCAGGAAUUGAUUGGUGUCUUUCCCCUGCCGAUAUGGAAGCACAGACCACAAAUGACCAAAAGGGGUCGUCCUCACUAACUGUUGUGCAAUUGUCUAUAUUAAUCAAUAAUAUCCCUGAUGAAAGCCAAGUGGAGAAACUGAACAUUUUCCUUUCUCCUCCUGAUGUCAUCAACUACCUUGCUCUCACAGAAGCCGCAGGACGGAUAUGUGUGUCCCAGUGGCAAGGCCCCCCACGUCUGGGAUGCAUAUUUUGCCACGGAGAUCAUCUGUUGGCAGUGAAUGGCCUGAAGCCCCAGAGCCUGGAGGAGGUCUCCUUGUUUCUCACCCGGUCCAUCCAGAAGGAGAAAUUAAAGCUUACCAUCGGCAGGAUACCAAAUUCAGAGACAUUCCAUGCCGCAUCCUGUACGUGUCCCUCAAAAUGCCAAGGUGCUGCACCUUCUCAGCUGGAUAGGCCUGGACUGGACAGGGCUCCCAAGAGGAGUCCGGCCAUUAAAAAGAGCCAGCAGAAAGGAGCCGGGGAGUAA